AUGAUCAAAACACUACUUUUAAUCCUUAUUACAAUCUUCAUUCCACCUGUUGGAGUCUUCCUCGUAGCAGGAUGCGGCGCCGACUUCUUUAUCAACCUGCUCCUCACGAUCCUGGGCUACUUCCCCGGCCACAUCCACGCUUUCUACAUCGAAUAUGUGUACAUAAAGCGACGCGACGAGAUACGCGCUGGUAUCUACGAUGCGCGCCCUGCGCCGGGUGUUUACAGUCAGAAAGUGCAAAAUGGAGGACAUAAGACCAUGCCUGUUGCGCCUGCGUCUGCCGGUGUCGAGGCGGGUUAUGGGGGUGUACCGGCACAGCAGGGUUAUGUGCAGGAGCAGCAGCAGGGAUACGGGACAGUGCAUUAG